AGAAGAUCAAGUGCAAGUCCCACGACGGCUACGGCAAUCGCUGACGGUAUUGCGGCACGAGCAGGAGCAAUCGAGUGCAAUCUACCUGGCUGACCGCGCAUCGCGGCCCGACCCCGGCGGCGUCAGGGCCGCGUUAGAGGUUGGGGCGAGGAGCGAGGAGCGGGCCGUAAUGACCUUCUGACUCGCUGCUCCGCCCACCGCGCCCACCGCUCACCGCUACACCGAAGGGGUCCGCGCCUUGGCAACACGGCGCGUUGCGAUGCGAUGCGAUGUUGUGAUGCCAUCGGUCCCUUUGUCGUCGUAAUCACUCGCCCUCGUGCCCUUGGCGCUCGCUCACCGACGAAGACGCAUCUUGCCUUCCCUUCUCACCCAACGCAUCGCUUCUUUCCCACCACUUCACAGUACACACCUCCACCGAUACCGGCUUCACACCAAGCAGCGUACACGCAACACGCCAACGAUCAUGAAGCUUCACCGUCUCCUCGCCGCCCUCAGCGCCCUCGCAGCGCUCACCUACGCCUUGCCGGGUACAGACGGAGCCUUUGCGCUCGAGAGUCGACAGAAUGCGGCAAAGAAUGCCAGCGCCAACAAUGCCACCACGUCCACGUCCACCGCUGGGGGAGGUGGUCAUGCCGAGAUGCUCCUUCAAGGGCUCAAGGCGUUGAAGUUCAACGCCCUGGCUGGCUUGCUGCAGAACUACACGGAUAUGGUCGACCACUUCUCGACGCAGAACAUAACCUUCCUCGCUCCCAGCGACGAAGCAUUCGCCAAAGCAGGGCACAACCUCGCCAGGGUGCCCAAGGAUCAGAUCAUGGCCAUCCUGUCCUACCACGCGCUCAAGGGCAACUACUCGACGGAUGGGGCCAAUGGCUCGGCAACCGACUAUUUCAAUUCGAGCAGGCACACCAUUGCGCAGACUAGCUUGACCAACAAAACUUAUGUCGACUUUGGGCCAAAGAAUGAGAAGAGUCAGGUCAUUGUAUUGAGCCGGAAUGAGCAGGGCUUCCCCGUCGUAGUAGAGACGAAUCGCAAUGUCACCUUCACCAACAAGACGUCCUCCUACUCUCAGGGGAAUCUCCGUCUCGCAGGCAUCACGGAGCUGCUCAGCAUCCCGGGCAACCUGAGCGACUGCAUCCAGGAAGUGGGGCUCAAGGGUCUUCCUCAGGUCACAAAGACGCUCAACCUGAGCGAGCCACUGGAUAUGGCUGGAGGAUUGACCGUAUUCGCGCCUACGGAUCAGGCAUUUGCUGCUGCGCAGAGGGCACUCACCUCCGCCGGCAAUACGACCAUUGUGACUAAUGUCCUCCGCGGCCACGUCAUCAACGGGACGGUCAUCUAUGGUCCUGACCUGAUGAAGACUCUCGAAAAUGCCUCCAAGAACAAGUCCUCCUCCACGAACAGCAGCUCGGACCCCGGCCUGAUCCUGGCAAACCUCACAGCCUCAGGCGGCCAAACCCUCCAAAUCAUGGGCUUCCCCUCCAACUCCUCCUUCAUGCUCAUGUCCGCCAACUCUUCGGCCCAAAUAGUCUCCACCGACCACCUCUUCCGUGGCGGCGUCCUCCACACAAUCGACUCUGUCCUCUUCAACCCAGAGACAAACGAGACGGCCGCCGCAGCCGCGUAUGAGAAGUACUCGACGGCAAGCGCUAAUGCUAGUCGGACCUCGCCCGGUGCCGGUGGUGCGGGCGCAGCGGGCGUUGAUGCGAGCACGACGAUGGGUGACAAUGGGGGCAUAUACGGCGCUACGACGGGGAAUGAGACGAAUGCAGACGGAAACAAUGCGGCCGGUGGCUACGCGAGGGGAGAGGUGGACUUGGGCGUCGUCUCCCUGCUGGUUGCGGGUUUGGCCAUCCUUGGGGGAGUGGCGGUGCUCCUCUAGCCGCAGCCAGUGCGAGCGCAGAGCGACGUCGCAGAGAGGAUGACUUGUCUAUAUUCUCUCUCUCCCUAUCCCUCUUCACCACUCCUUCUGCCACUUCUUCUCCAUCUCUCCUCUCUUCUCUCUCCCUCUCCUACUACCCCUCGACCUGGCAGAGAGAGGAGUCGAC